GUAUUUAAUCAUCAUUGUAUUAUUAGAUAUAAGAAAAUGGAUCCUGAAGUAGGAACUGAGACCACAAAUGAGGAAAAGAUCGACAAAUAUGUUGUUUCUUCGUCAGAUCUGAAAGCUGCUCUGGCAGAGGGAGAAGCUACACCAGAGGACCCCCAGCCCUCAACCUCUGGGGAACAGAUUGAUUUCAAAAUUGUAUUUAACAAAAAAAAGUUUGACGUAACUUUCGGAGUUGAAGAAACUAUUGGAGCGCUAAAAUCUCACCUUCAAGAUAUAAUCGGAGUCCCGGCUGCGAUGCAGAAGAUAAUGAUAAAAGGUCUUGCCAAGGACGAAAUGACACUGAAAAAGUUGGGGGUUGUGAAAGGAUCCAAAGUGAUGGUGGUUGGAUCAACUUUAAACGAUGUGCUUGAGAUCGCGAAGAAGCCGAACGUGCAACAGUUGAAUGAGGAGGAGAAGGCCGAGACACAGAAGGAGUCCUGGUCACAACAGAAAGUUCACAAGAAGAUUUUAGAGAAAGGAAUUCCAGACGACGCUAUGCCAGGGAUUAAGAAUUCUCGCGAGAGCUUGCCAUCCUUCCCUCUCUCCGGUAUGCUGAACAAGUCCGGGGGUAAGGUUCGUCUCACCUUUAAACUGGAGCAGGAUCAGGUCUGGAUUGGAACCAAGGAGAGAACUCAGAAACUUCCUCUAAAUUCUAUCAAAGCGGUGACAAGUGAACCUGUCGAAGAUCACGAAGAAUAUCAUAUAGUAGCGAUACAGAUGGGUCCUACCGAGGCUAGCAGAUACUACAUAUACUGGGUACCCGCACAAUACGUAGACGCUAUCAAGGAAGCGAUACUCGGCAAAUGGCAAUUUUUUUAAUCCUGUGAUUAAUGAUUGAUUUAUUGGUCUCUGUGAUAAUAUAUUUAGAAAGCAUAAAUA